AUGACCGGGUACACCUUUGAAGAGAUUACGCGGAGCAAACCGGAAAAAUCGCUCGUCAAGGGGGCCAAGCAGAAAGCCGGUCGGAAUUCCAAUGGACGCUUGACAGUGAGACGCCGCGGUGGUGGACACAAACGCCGAUACCGGGUCAUUGACUUCAAACGUGAUAAGUUUGGCAUCCCUGCCAAAGUUGCUGCAAUUGAAUAUGAUCCGAAUCGCUCCGCGCAUAUCGCACUCCUCAACUAUGUUGACGGGGAAAAACGCUAUAUUCUUGCACCCGUUGGUAUUCAAGUGGGCGACAUGCUAACUUCAGGCGAAGACGCAGAAAUUCAGGUUGGAAACGCCUUACCGCUUGAAAAAAUUCCACUCGGCUCCUCCAUCCAUAAUAUAGAGAUGAAGCCCGGCAAAGGCGGACAACUUGUGCGUAGUGCCGGUGGUGCUGCCCAAUUGGUUGACAGAGAGGGAAAAUACGCGCGUGUCCGGCUUCCGUCAGGCGAGAUUCGGCUCAUCCUAGUGCAAGCGAUGGCAACGCUCGGUCAGAUCGGCAAUGUCAGCAAGAUCGUCAUCGGUAAAGCGGGACGUUCAAGAUGGCUCGGAAAACGCCCGAAAGUUAGAGGCGUAGCGAUGAACCCGGUUGACCAUCCACACGGCGGUGGUGAAGGAAAAAGUUCCGGGGGUAGGCAUCCAGUCACACCGUGGGGCGUUCCAACCAAAGGAGCCGAUAUUGACUACGGGUUUACCGAAGCAAAUACGACGGCGAAACACCCGUCCGUCGUCAACCUGGACGGCGCGAAGAUACAGGUUCACAACGUUCUGAGCGUCGACGAGGCGACAGACGUUCUGGCUCUCAAGAUGCACGACCCCGACAAUCCGGAAGACAAGACAGAGGAAGAAAUCGGCGCAGGCCGCGUCAGGGUGGUCAGGAAUCCAGGAACGAUUCAUAAUUGUACGAAUAGAUUUAUUUUAAGGAGGCAUCUAAGGUGUUAA